AUGUCACGACUGAUAUCUUCGGCCCUUUCGUUGCGACGCGAUCCACGCAUCCUCAAGCUUCCGCCCUAUAUUUCUCUGGCCUGCAUCCUCGGUGGUAUUGCUUGGCUGUUCCUCCUGCCGCUCAACGACUACUCCCGAAGAACCUACAUUUCCGAGAAUGCGCUUCUUCCCGGUCAGGUACACACCUAUUUCGGAGGCAGCGACCAGAACGUACUGCGGGCGUAUAAGCAAGAGGUCAACUCGGUCAGGGACAGGUCCAACUACGAAAUCAAUGACAAGCUCGAAAGUAUCCUGAAGAACGUCGGUCUCAAAGUCGGUCGCCAAAAUUACACGUACGAGUCGGCCGGCGACAUUUACUCAGGCGAGAACAUUUACGCCAUCCUACAAGCCCCACGUGGCGAUGCGACGGAAGCGAUUGUGUUGGUGGCAGCUUGGAGGACGGUCGAUGGCCACUUCAAUCAAAAUGGUAUUCCGCUAGCAUUGACCCUGGCCCGUUACUUCAAGAGGUGGUCUCUAUGGUCCAAAGACAUUAUCCUGGUUGUCCCCCCCGACAGCAAAACAGGAACCCAAGCGUGGGUCGACGCCUACCACGACUCCCAUGACUCCGCCAGAGUGAACUCUCUACCUCUCAAGUCCGGCGCCCUCCAAGGCGCCAUUGCCAUUGAUUAUCCCCAGGAACAUCGAUUCGAGUCCAUCCACAUCAUUUACGAUGGCAUCAACGGCCAGCUUCCAAACCUAGAUCUCAUCAACUCUGUCGUCAAUAUUGCCGGGGGCCAGAUGGGUAUGGGAACCGCCAUUCAAGAGAUGUGGACGCACUCGGACAAGUACCAGGACCGUCUGCGUACUAUGCUUCGAGGCAUGCUGAAUCAAGGCCUGGGACACGCCUCUGGCCCCCACAGCAGCUUCAUACCUUACCACGUCGAUGCGGUCACACUGCAGCCUUUCGGUGAGGGAUGGCAUGACGAGAUGGGCAUGGGCCGUACGAUCGAAGGCACUUUCCGGAGUCUGAACAACCUUCUCGAACACCUCCAUCAGAGUUUCUUCUUCUAUCUGCUCAUGCAUAAAGAGAGGUUCGUCAGCAUCGGCACCUAUCUGCCUAGCGCCAUGAUCUUGGCAGCAAGCUUCACAAUCACUGCCAUCUCGCUGUGGGUGAAAAGUGGUCAUCAAGAACAGCCUCCCAUUGUGGUCAAGUCAGAAUGUGAAGUCACCGCGAAUGAUAAGUCUUCCGAAGAUGCUUUGCGGGAGACAGACAAACACACGCUUCGCACUAGAGCCGUUGAGCGGGAUCUGUUCCUACCACUCGGUGUCGUGGCCAUCUGCCAGUUCCUAGGCGUGAUUCCGCUGUACGUCUUCAACCACAUGCCCGCAAGUAUGCUUGCUGGGGCGUACACGGUCUUUUCGCUCACUAAUUGUGCUCUGCCCUUCCUCAUCUCUUCGCUGAUGACAUCCGCCUACAACCCUACGGUUCAGCAAUACCAGCUCAUCAAGUCAUUCUCCCUACUCUUGUUGGGCAUGUUUCUCUCCGCUCUAGCCACGCUUAACUUCUCUCUGGCCUUUCUUGUGGGGGUUAUGGCCAGUCCACUCUCCUUCAUGCACCCAUGGCCGCACCAUCCUGCCGUUCGGUGGGCUUGCGCGGCUUUCCUUCAACUUAUCUCACCUACGGCAGCUCUUUACUCCGUCUCGACUUACUUCAAUAUUAGCAUUGGGGAGGUCCUCAAAGAAGCUGCUUUCGGUUGGGACGUUUGGGGCAUGUACACGCCUGUCAUAAUCUGGGGUGUGUGGUGGCCUGCUUGGCUGAUGGGUUCGGUUAUUGUGCUCGGGAACCCUGCGUCCUCAGCGAAAAGGGCUUGA